AACCAAAAUUCGAAAAUUAAAAUAAUUCAUAUUCCCAACCUUUAUUAUUAUUAUUGGCAUAUUAGAAAUUUCGAAUUCUUAUAAAAUAUGUAUGAGCUAAGUGAGAGUGCCUUGGAUCGGCACUUUGAGUCGCAGCAGCGCAUCAUGGGCUGCGCUUUAAUUGAGAAUGUAAACAAGGCAAACUUUAUGAUUAGCCAACGCUGGCUACAGAGAUUCCAUCGAGCGAGCAGCGCUGAAAAGUACGCGAGAAACUGCCUAAUGCUGCUCAUGUAUGGUCAGCUGCGUGAGAUGGGCAAGCUGACCAAGCCUUUUGUGGAGGUGCACAAUGUCGAGGCAUCACUUGAGGAUGUGCUGCAUAUCUAUCAGAGCAGCAUGGACAAUGAGGCUUCCCAACAGCAAAAGCUGGAGCUGCAUACCGAUGCCGAAGUGGCACCCAACAGACUGCCGCAGUUUAAUGACACAACGGAUGAUUUGUCCAGCUUUGGCGGCAGUCUACGCUCGGCAGGCUCGCAGCUGCUGAGCCUCAAGCGGCACUCGGAGCCAACGGAGGACACAGAGUUUGAGCGCAGAUCACUUGAGAAUCGCAUGCUGCUCAAGGAGAUUGAUUCGCUGCAUGCACGCACGCUGGAGAACGAGGAGCAGUUCAAGCUAACGAACUCAUCCAUAGAGCAUAAGAUCACACAAAGCCAGUUGCCCAUGCAUGGGCCUCGCAGCACGGCAUUGAUGCUGCGCAUUGAGCAGAGCGUGCGGCUGGCUAUGUCACGGCUCAAGCACUGGCCAACAGCCGACAAGGGUCCACUCAACUUUUUGGCCAUUUGUCUGAAUGAGCUGCUUGUGGAUGAGCCUGACAUACGCGCACAGUUGCCGCUGCUGGAUCGCAAGCUGGAGCAUUUGUUGCACAACAUGUUUGAGCAUGCGGCUGAGCGACGUGAGAAGAAUCUACGCAUUGUCUAUGAUCAACUGUUCAAACAACAACAGGAGAUGCUGGAAGCCAAGCAGCAGUUGCUUAGCAAGGAGCAGCAAACUGUCAUUGAGACGCGUAAGCAACUGCAGGCGCAUAUGAAAGAAUUCGAGCUACGUGAGCAACUUCACUGGGAGCGCCAAGCAGAUGCCGCCACACAAUGCAACCCAGAGCAGCUACGUCUCAGCGGCGGCGGUGGCGGGGGCGGAGGCAACGGACGUGGCACAAAAUACAGAAAAGGCAGCGCCCGCUCCCGAGCUACUAAUAGAAUUAAAUUUCAAGCUGAGCAGCACAGCAGCAGCGAAAGCUGCCCAGAGUGCGUAGCUGAACGUAAGGUGUGCCCAUCCAUAGCCUCAAUAUCCAAUGCACCCACUCCCGUGCACACAGCGUGGCAAUCCAGCGAGGAUCUCUACGAGUCCUGCACUUGUAAAUACUGCUCAACGCCAUCAGCAGACGAGCAACCGAAGUCGCAUUAUAGCAAGUGCUAGGCCCUUAUGUACAUAGUUGAUAUAUAUACAUAACAUCUUAUAUAUUUUCUAGUUCACUGCAAUUCAUGUGUUAAAAAUUAUUAAUUGCA